AUGUCGCAGGGCGCAUCGCCCAGUGCCUCGGGCAUGACAGAUCCCACCCAGCGCCGCUUUCGAGGAAGCGGGAAAAUUACCGACUAUGAGAUUAUGAAAGAGAAGCUGGGCGAGGGCACGUUUGGUGUCGUGAGCAAGGCCAAGUCCAAGCGCACAGGCGCUGUGGUUGCGCUGAAGAAGAUCCUGAUGCACAACGAGAAGGACGGCUUUCCCAUCACGGCUUUGCGCGAGGUGAAAUUGCUCAAGAUGCUGAGCCACCCGAAUAUUCUGCGACUGGAAGAAAUGGCUGUCGAACGACAGCAAGGCGAUGACAAGGGAAAGAGCGGCAAGAAGCGCGCGACACUAUACAUGGUCACGCCGUAUAUGGACCACGACCUCAGCGGCAUGCUCACCAAUCCAGACAUUCGAUUCACCGACGCACAGGUCAAGUGCUACAUGCUGCAGCUGCUCGAAGGGCUACGAUACCUGCACGAUUCGCAUAUCCUGCAUCGUGACAUGAAGGCAGCCAACAUCCUCAUAUCCAAUAAAGGAAUCCUGCAGAUUGCCGACUUUGGUCUGGCUCGACACUACGAAGGCGACACACCUGUGCCAGGCCAAGGCAAUGGCAAGGCAACCAGAGACUACACAAGUCUGGUUGUAACACGCUGGUACCGGCCACCCGAGCUGCUACUGACUCUGAAGAGAUACACUCCCGCAAUAGACAUGUGGGGUGUUGGAUGUGUGUUUGCGGAAAUGUUUGAGCGCAAGCCCAUUCUUGAAGGUCGUUCCGACAUCGACCAGUGCGUCAAGAUCUUCAAGCUUCUAGGCUCGCCAACCCAAGAAAACAUGCCGGGCUGGAAUGAACUGCCUGGCUGCGAAGGCACAAAUGUUUGGGAGAAGCAGAGGGGUGAUAUCGAUCACCGAUUCCGAAAUAUUGGACCAGAAGGCCUUCACCUUCUCAAGUCGAUGCUAUGCCUCGACUGGAGGAAGCGCAUCAAUGCGAUUGAUGCACUACAGCAUGACUACUUCAAAGUCAAGCCGCUGCCUGCAAGGCCCGAAGAGAUACCACGAUACGAAGACAGCCAUGAGCUUGACUCACGGCGCCGAGGCAAGCAGGAUAACCAGCGUGCAUUGCCUCCAGCGCCAGCCGGAGGAACGGUUGGUAUGGGACCAGACGAAUGGGGUCACGGACCGCCCAAUGGUGCUUAUCAGAAUGGCUACAACGACCGAGGGGGUCGCAAUUAUGGUCGCGAUAGAGGACCGCCUGGAGCAGCCUAUCCCCAGUCGCGCUAUGACGAUCGAAGGGCGCCGCCUUUGCCCAUGGGUGGCAGACAGCCAGCAUAUCGAGAUCGGGAUAGUCGGGAACGGCAGCUACCUCCGGCAAACGGACAUUCUCUGCCACCACGACCACCCAUUGACCUUCCACCUCGGCCGCCCGUUAGUAUCCCCGACCGUGGGGGCAUACCAGACAGAGCGCCACCUCCGCCAUUAGCAGGGCCUCCUCCUGGACGAAGAGAUCUGGGGCCGAAUGUCGACACGUAUAUUCCAUCGUAUCAAGGCGGAGGACGUUCAUACGAUAACCGGCCGCCCAGACCUCGAGAUGACUACGACCGUCCCGCUCGCCGUGAUAGUCGUGAUCGAGAUCUUGCAUAUAGAGAUGCAGAUGGUCCACCUCGCUAUCGGGAUCCGGACGCACCGGGUCCACGAACGUAUCGGGAUAUGGAUGCGCCGCGACCGGACAGAGGAGACGACCCGUAUCGCGAUCGUGACCGGCGACGUGACUACCCUCCUCCUCCUCCUGAAGCUCGUCGAACCCGUAGUCGAAGUCCUGACCGGGAGCGACGAGAGCGAACGGAGCGGCUGCAACACAGAGAACGAGAAAUGUACAGCAGGCAGUAG